AUGAUGGGAGCGCUAGCGAUGGUUGUGUGUGCAACGAUGCUGCUCAUUGGCCACCGAGGAAUCCGUGGUGACGAUGCGUUCGUCGACAGUGCCCCGGAGGGUUACUACGAGCGGACAUCGUUGGAUGAUUGCCCCAGUCGGUUCUACAGUGAGGAUGUGUCCAGUGCGCUUGGGUUUUUCAUUUUCGGUGGUAAACGAGCGUUUCUAAAGGAGUUUCCUCAUAUGGCUGCCAUUGGGUGGACGAACAAAAAUGUCUCCCCUCCGGUGGUGGAGUACAAAUGUGGAGGAUCGCUGAUUGCGGCUAAAUUCGUGCUCACCGCUGCCCAUUGCAGGGUGGACGGUGAUGGGAUUGAGGCCGAUUCGGUCCGGCUGGGCGAUACCAAUCUGGCGACGGUGGAAGACGAUGCGACCGCGCAGCAGUUCAAGAUCGUGAGCUUCACCAUCCACGAAAAGUUCAAGAAGAGCCGCAAGUACUACGAUAUCGCGCUGAUCGAGCUGGAUCGGGAGGCCAAGUUCACCAGUGCCGUCUGCCCGAUCUGUCUGUGGCCUUUGGAUAACCUGAACGAGCACGGGGGCAGUUUGCGAGCGGUUGGUUUCGGCUCCACGACGUACGACUCGGGAAUGAGUCCCACGCUGCAGAAGGUGUCCCUCAACUACUUCGACUUUGACUCGUGCAACAAUGAGCUGCCGAAGGACAAACGGCUACGGUAUGGUCUUACGAACGAUCAGUUCUGCACGAAAACGCCGCACAAGGAUGCCUGCCUGGGAGAUUCCGGUGGACCGCUGCAGAUAGAUCUUUCCGAUGUCACCCGCACGGUGCCGUAUCUGACCGGGGUGGUUUCGUUCGGCACCGGCUGCUGGGAUGGCUCGAUGGGCGUCUACACCAAGGUUUCGAGCUACCUCGACUGGAUCCGGCAGCGCGUGAACGUCACCAUCGAUCCGAUCGAGUGUGCCCGCAACUCCGAGUGUCUUCCCGCUCGCCCAUUCUCCGACAGUCGGCUGAGCCCGCAAAACAACUCGCCGUUCUUCAAGGUUAACCUUCGCAGGUCGGAUAAAAGCACCUUCCAUCAGUGCACCGGCGCACUGAUCGACUACCGUCACGUGGUGACCUCCGCCACCUGCGCCGUCCGCGACAACCAGGAACCCGCGUUCAUCGAGGCGAACGGCGAGCUGGUCGAGAUAGUGGACAUCGAUGUGCACCCGAAGUUCGUGGCCAGCCGGGACUACCACAACCUGGCGGUGCUCACGCUCGGCAAGUUCUACAACCCGAACAAAAUCUAUCAGAUCAUCGCCCCGGGGUGCAUCUGGAAGGAGGAGCGAAUCACCGAUCCGGUCGUGUUCUUCUCCGGCUACGGGCCGGAGGUGAAGAACGAACCGACGGAUAGGGCGAAGAAUGUAUCGCUGAAGAUUCUGGUCGCGCUCGCCACGGAAAAUGGACGGUGCGAGGCGACCGACGCCUGGCAGGUGAACAGUACGCUAGUGGCCGGAUUCAACAGUGACUUCCUCUGCACGUACAACCCGAUCGAUUUGGUGCCCGGAAUUUGUAAGCUCGAACCCGGUGGUGCCGUUUCGAACUUCCGGCGCGACAACAUCGUCCCGUACGUCUACGCAAUCAACACGCUCGAGGAAGGCCCUUGUGGAGGAUCGCAAAACUUGUUCGUCGCCACCAGACUGGCACCGUUCCACGAUUGGAUUGAAUCAAUUAUUCUCAACCAACUGAAGACAAACAAUUCCAUCGAUUUCACUAUCAGACUUGGAGGUGACGAUGAACCGACGGGGACUGAACCGACCUUCCUCGAUCCCGGCUUGUUGAACGUUCCGACGGCAGUCAUAAAUCGUAACCAAAUAGAAACACUUUUGCUUUCAGAUGUGAUAACGAAUCACAUCAGACCGUACGGAAGUGAUCUGAUCGGCAAAAAACCCACGGUGACCAGAGUGAACGUUUACCAUCAAUCACUAAACAACACGCCGGAAAAGUACGAAGUGUAUGGACCACAUCCAACUCACCACAUACAUCAUCAGCAGGGUAACCUGAGGCUUAUUCUGAACCCUUUCACGAUAUCCCAUCACGUGACUCCGGUUAAUACGCACUUGGAAACCAAUGACAUACACAUCGAGGUAAUUCCUUCCAUUGAGCUUCCGGCCACCCAUCUGCUCCAGACCCCGAGGGUCCAUCAUCCGACAGGUUUCCACACUGCUAAGAAGCAGGUGUUCCAAACCCCGGCGUACGGCACGCACCUUCCACCGCAGCAAGCGACCGCUUAUCGCCACCCGCAGCAACCGGUCGCACAUCUCCAAGGAUACACACAGCAUCCGUCGAUCCAGUCGCAAUCCCAUCAGCCGAUCGUAAAUCAUGGCAACCUUGUCUCAAUCAUUCGCUCGAUUGAGCUGUACGAGAAUGGGCACUGCACGUUGCCAUCCGGUGCCACCGGACGCUGUCUUCACUAUACGCGCUGCCCUUCGCUGCACUGGAAUGGGCGAAAUGUGGCCCCGUUUGUCCGGCUGGAUUUGGUGCCGCACUGCAAUCGGCAGCAGCAAACCGUUUGCUGUCAGGUGUGA